CUGAAAUCGGUUGGUAUAAAAUGGCCUAGAAUGUGUCAAACGAAACUCAGUAUUCAUCUUUUUUAAAAAGCCAAACUUCCAAUUGUUCCAUACAAUGACGUUAACAACAAAUAUCGCAUUAACUGCUCUGAUAGCUUCUGCUGCUUUAGCAUCGCCAGUAGGGAAUGUACGCAGGGACUCGGCUGCAGCACCGAUAUGCAAUUUAGCAUGGUCUAAUUCAGGAAUGCAGGCGAAAACAGACUGUACAGGUGCAGUUGUACUUUUUUCAGAUCCCUUGAUACCAGACCCUCGUGUAGAUGGGCAACGUGCAAAUGGAACAACCGGUGAGAUUAUGGCGUAUCUAAGUGUGGGAACUGUGAAUCCACUAUAUGCACCGGAUCCAAGGUUGCUCGACUACCAGUGGCAACAGAAUUUGGAUAAGAAUUCUGAAGGGGAAUUAUGGGGAGACUUUUGGUUCAACCCUGAUGAUUUGAACGACCACAUUCUUCCGAUUAUGAAGGAUAUAAUUUCAAGUUACAGGGCACUUAAUUAUACGGCGAUAAGCACAGAUAAUGCAAAACCAUCUACAGCUGUAACGGAGAAUGACGCGCAAGCGAAAGCUUACGCUGAUACUGAACGUAUAGACCCUCGAUACGUCGAGUAUUUGAAAAAUAUCAUCGAUUUCGCGCACAGUUUAGACAUGGAGGUGGCUCUGAAGAAUCCGAGUUACUAUGUGAACGAACCAACGGUUAUCGACGAAUUUGAUGCUUACCUUGUGGAAUCACUAUUUAACUGGUAUCCCUGGGAUAUCGAUGUAUAUGGCUCGCUACCAUAUGGCCCAAAGCCAUUCUGGAUCUUUCAAUAUCCAGGUGUUAAUGGUCUAACAAAUCAAGAAUUGCACGACAGAAUGGUAGAACGAAACUUGAGCAAGGUCUACUUGGACUCGGAGGACGGCUACGUCUCGUAUUACGCGUUUUAGGAAGAGCUCAUGAUCUACAAAACGUCGUCCAUAUGAGUCCAUAUACAAGAUCCGACACGGAGCAUGAAGCCGUGGAUCGCGAUGCAUGCUAUACUGUUUGAAAGUUUAUGCCCUACACAAAUAAAACAUAG